UAGUUUUUUCCUUGGAAAUUUACAGAGAAAUAUAGUCGUAAUGGCAGUGCGAUCAAUAUUUCUUCUUCAGUGCUUCUUCUUAUGUUCUAUUCUUUCUGGGAAUGUUGAUGGUUAUACUGUUACAGGACGAGUAAAAAUACCCAUCUUUAGCUUGAAAGGAUCUGGUUUCUUACCUAAAGCUUCAAAUGUUAAAGUCAUACUCAAUGCUGGCCAAAGAGUUACUUUCCUGAGACCCAAUGGAUAUUUCUCAUUUCAUAAUGUUUCAGCAGGGACACAUCUUAUUGAGGUGUCUGCAAUUGGCUACUUCUUUUCUCCGGUCCGAGUUGAUGUAAGUGCCAGAAAUCCAGGUAAGGUUCAAGCAGCAUUAACUGAGAACAGGAGGAGUCUGACUGAAUUGGUUUUGGAGCCAUUGAGUGAGGAGCAGUAUUAUGAGUUAAAGGAACCUUUCUCCAUUAUGUCUCUGGUGAAAAGUCCAAUUGGCCUGAUGUUCGGAUUUAUGCUGUUUGUAAUGUUUGUGAUGCCAAAAUUAGCAGAAAAUGUUGAUCCUGAAGAAAUAAGGCGAACACAAGAGGAAAUCUUGAGAAACCAAGCCAGUCUUUCAAGCUUAUUACCUGGGGCUCAAAGCAGCAACUAGAGAUUGGAUUUCACCUGUUAUAAAGGGAAAUCCUUCAUGGCCAUUCUACGAAAAAGCUGAAUUCUUCGUAAACUCAGUUCCAACAAUCCUUAUCAAGGUUCUUUUUUUUUAAGUCAAUGAGUACCAUCAUUAGUUCAUUUAUCACUUGC